AUAGUGAAGAUUUCAAUAAUAACACUUUGUCAAAUAAUUAUCUUGGAGAUUUUCCAGAAAAAUUAUCUAUUGAAAAUAAUCAAUCAUUUUCUUAUUUUGGUGUUGUUGACAGUAAAUCUGUAAAAAAUUUUAAAGAUAUUUCUUCACAACAAACAGCCAGUCAAUCUAGUUCAGGCGUCAGCUGCGGUCUUUGUCCUGUAUGUAAUCAAAGGUUUCCUUUUUCAGUGCUUGAACAACAUGCAUAUAAUUGUUUAAAAAAUAAAGAAAAGCGAAUGGUAUAUUUGAUUGAUUCUGAUGACUCAAUUGAUUUGACUAAUAGUUAUGAAAAAGAACAAGAUUUUGAUAAACCUGAGAAUAUAAAUGAUCUUAAAAAAAAGAUUCCAGUUUUAAUAAAACAACUCAGUGAUAUACAUGAUGGCGAUGCCAGAAUAAAUGUUCGUCGUCAAUUUGAAUUUGAAGACUUCCACAAAUUUUUUACUAAAAGUUGGAACAAGGAUAAAAUCCACAAUUUAUACAAGUUUUCAUUUGUUGGUGAGCCUGCUAUCGAUACAGGUGGAGUGUCUCGAGAAUUCUAUUCAGAAGCUUUAAAAUCAAUUAAAAUUAGGUUCUUUACUGGCGAUGAUUUGGUUGGCUAUGUACCAUCAUGUGGUAUUCUUAGUGUUGCAGAUGGCACAGUAAAAACUAUAGGCCAUUUAUUUGCAGCAUCUAUUGUGAAUGGCGGACCUGCACCUUUUUUUUUGUCCCCUUGGGUUUAUGAGCUUAUGGUGAAUGGCAUUUCAACUGCAGUACGGUGUUGUCCAAAGGCUUUAGAUGAAUCUUCAAAUUUAAAAAGUAUUUUUGAUAAGAUUUUAUUUGCAACUACAGAUGACUAUUUAACUAAUGUGCUAUGUACUGAAGAAGGAAUGGAUGCACUUGAAAUAAUUGGAUAUAGAAGUGAUCCAAAAAAUCGUCUAUUGAUGAUAAACAUGCUCUUUUAGAAUCAAUGUUAAUUAAAGGAAAAAUAGAGCAACUUUUACCUGUAGUUGGAGAAAUUGCGAUUGGUUUACAAGUGUAUGGCCUUUAUGAAGUUAUAAAAAAAAAUUCAAAUAUCAUGCGAGUUUUAUUUUGUGCAAACGAAAGUUUUAUAUGGAA